ACUUCUGUUUGCAAGUACCCAUUCAAUUAUGGAAAUUGACGUUGAUACACGCAAUGUGACGGUACUUGUUGGACAUGGAGAAAGUUUUGGCGUGUUUUCUUUCGACUAUGAUUUCAAAAACGGAUACGUUUAUUUUCCUAGAUAUAACGUGCGGGACAUUGUACGAUUUCCAUAUCCAUCACAGAACAUAACAUUGCAACAUGUUGUGACAACAUCACCAAAACCAACAGGUAUAGCUGUUGAUUCCGCCAAUGAUCAUGUAUAUUGGGUUUAUCAUUAUAGUAACACACUUUCAAGAUGCAAAUCAGAUGGAACAAACGUAGUUGUUGUAUCCACAAGUUUAAGUAACACUUUUAUGAUACGACUAGAUGUUACAAACAGAUGGAUGUAUAUUGGUUACAUUGAUAAAGGAAUAUCCAAGUCCAGAUUCGAUUUAACUGACAUUAGUAUGAUAGCUAACUUUACAUCCAACAUCCAGGUUUUCUGUAUGGAUAUAGACCUGACUGAACAAAGACUGUAUUGGAUGAAUUCCGAUGGUGACAUAAAAUCAGUUAAUUUGGAUGGUUCUGAUGUUAAAACAAUCAUUUCAACACAUUUUCAUUCUAAUGAAUACGAUGCUAUGGGUUUAUUUGGUAGUUACAUUUUCUAUGCUGAUAAUAACAAACAGUUAAUUAUGAGGAAUAAAUCAAAAGAAUCAGCACCCACUGUUCUAUAUACCGACACUAGGGAUAUUAAUAGCAUAUAUGUGUUUAAAACAACAGGUAUGUAAAUAGCCUUUACUACAACGAUUAGCAUUAUCAGAAGUUGACUCAUGCAUGCUUUUGGAGUGAACUCUUAUUGAUGAUGUCAACUUGAAAAAUAAAAUAAAUACAUUGUAUGUAAAAGGUUCCAACAACGCAAACAAA